AUGUAUUGGCUGCACUUCUCCAGCGCGGGAUUCUUAAUCUGUUGGCUUAUCGCAGGAAACCACUCAUCAACAUUGACAACUUCAAUUUUCAGUUCGGAAACCCAGGAAAAUAAUCUUCAAACAUGGAUAAAGCUUAUAGAUGAACAGCGUUCAUUUGACACCCUACUUAUAGCAUAUGUUGGUCUUGGCAUCCACAGCAGAUUAGAGAACCUCUUAGUAUACCCCUGGCCUAAGGUAUUUCUAACACCAGCUCAUGGUUUUGGAUAUAAAGAGAAAUAUAAUUCGGAAAUUCUGGUGCUAAUCACAAUGUCACAUCAGCUUGACAAAGAACUAAUGGAGGUCACCGCUAGUGCCUUGAAUUCUAUGCGCAGUGCAAGAGUCUUGAUGAUGGUUUUGGAUAUUGAGAAUGAAGAGGAUUUUAGAAAUACCACUCUAAGUUUGUGUCAAAAAUACAAGAUGACAAAUGUUCUUCUGAAAUUUCUCUAUCAGUUGUCUGAGCAGUGUUCAAGUCAUUACUAUCAACUAAGGCCAUAUCCAAUGUACCACUGGCUACAUGUUGCCAUGGACCAUCCAUCCACGGACUACUACCCUCAACAUUGGCGCAACAUGCAAAAGGGUGUCAUUGUAACCCAAAGUGAUCAGGCCAUUCCGCGGUGCUUAUUCUAUCUGGAUGCCAGGGGUGAAUUGAAAAUUAAUGGCUAUGUGGCCCGCUUGAUUUUACUUUUUGCCCAACAUUUCAAUGCCACUCUUCAAUGGUACAGUUCCCUAAGAAUAGGAGAAGUUACUCAUUAUAUGGCCGUAAACAAAUUAGUCGAUGACAAUGUGAUUGAUAUGCCCAUGACCAUGAUUGUGUCAGGAGCAAGUCCCGAAUGGCUUCAUCGUUCAUAUAUUUAUCAGAUUGAAAAUGGCAGAAUAAUAGUGCCUUGUGCCCAACAGCUGAGUCUGCAGGAAGUUUUCAGUGUUCUAUUGGAUGUGCACUACAUAUUCGAUGGCAUACAAAUGCCUAUGAAUGCUUUGCUCAGCGAUCGAGUAUUUCCAGCGGUUUUGGGUCAGUCGUUUGUGGCUAGAAAUUCACCUUGGCGGGUCUUGAAACUGGUCUACAUUUUACUUUCAUUUCUGGGACUUAAUAUCACCUGUCAAUUUUCCGCCACCAUGAACUCAUUAUUCAUCACUUCAUCGACCACCCCUAUCAUCGACAAAUUGAAACUUUGGCCGAUAUACACAAUUCACCCCUAA